CCCCCCCUCCCGGCGGUGACACUUGGUACGGUCCACGCUGUGAAGUGGCACGUUCCCUCUCGCUCCACUUUAUGGUAAAACCCGCGUCUGCUCCUCCGAGUUGACGGCGCGUGUCGACUCCCUGAUCCGCCGUGCGAACCGCGAUGCUGGGGGAGCACACGAAGCGGCGGGCUCCAGGGCACGGUUCUCCUCGCCACCACCAGGAAAUGAAGUGUGGCUACGUCUCGUAAACACCGCUCCUUCACACAGCCGCCUCUCCCGCACGACAGCGGUUCUCCCGCUGAAUUCGUCGGCGUUUUUUGAAAACAUUCGUUGACGGUGAGCAGCAGCAGCAGCAGCAGCAGCAGCAGCCGCCGCCGCCACAGGGAGCAGGACUGACGGCCGCUUGACAGGUGCCGUCGCCCGGCUCUGCGCGGAGAGAUGCCGCCCGUCCAGAGGACCAUGUCUGAUCUUCGUACCCGGGCGGAGGGAUAUGAAAAGACCGAGGACACAUCAGACACAAAGACGUCCCUAGCUGACCAAGAAGACGCCCGACUGAUACACCUCAACCAGCAGCAGUUCACCAAGUUUUGCUGCAAUCGGGUCAGCACUGCUAAAUAUAACGUCCUCACCUUCCUUCCCCGGUUCCUGUACUCGCAGUUCAGGAGGGCAGCCAACGCCUUCUUCCUCUUCAUUGCACUUUUGCAGCAAAUCCCAGAUGUGUCCCCCACUGGUCGCUGGACCACACUGGUGCCGCUGCUCUUCAUUCUGGUGGUGGCUGCUGUCAAGGAGAUCAUUGAGGAUCUGAAACGCCACAUUGCUGACAAUGUUGUCAACAAAAAGGAAUGUCAAGUAUUACGAAAUGGUGCCUGGGAAAUUGUGCACUGGGAGAAGGUGGCUGUUGGCGAAGUAGUCAGAGCUGCAAAUGGGGAUCACCUCCCGGCUGACCUCGUCAUUCUGUCGUCCAGUGAACCACAGGGAAUGUGCUACAUUGAAACGUCUAACCUGGACGGAGAAACCAACCUUAAAAUCAGACAGGGUCUCCAAAUGACCGCAGAGAUUAAGGACAUCGACAGCCUGAUGCGUCUCUCCGGGCGGAUGGAGUGUGAGAGCCCAAACCGCCAUCUCUACGAUUUUGUUGGAAACAUCCGCCUGGACGGACACAGCACAGUGCCACUGGGUCCAGACCAGAUCUUGCUGAGAGGUGCGCAGCUGAGGAACACCCAGUGGGUUCACGGUGUGGUGGUUUACACUGGACAUGACACAAAGCUCAUGCAGAAUUCCACUCGGCCUCCUCUGAAGCUCUCCAACGUGGAACGAAUCACCAACUUUCAGAUUCUUGUGCUGUUUGGCUGCCUGCUGGCCAUCUCUCUGGUCUGCUCCAUUGGCCAAACCAUCUGGAAGUACCAGUAUGGCAAUGAUGCCUGGUACAUGGAUCUCAACUCUCCAGAUGGUGGGGCGGCAAACUUUGGCCUCAACUUUCUCACAUUCAUCAUCCUGUUCAACAACCUGAUCCCCAUCAGUCUCCUGGUCACACUGGAGGUCAUCAAGUUCAUCCAGGCCUUUUUCAUCAACUGGGACACUGAUAUGCUCUACGAGCCCACGAACACACCUGCCAUGGCUCGCACCUCCAAUCUCAAUGAAGAAUUAGGCCAGGUGAAAUACAUUUUCUCUGACAAGACGGGCACUCUGACCUGCAAUGUCAUGCAGUUCAAGAAGUGCACCAUUGCGGGUGUGGCCUAUGGUCACGUCCCUGAGGCUGAGGAGGGUAGUUUUGCAGAGGACGACUGUCACAGCACACAAUCGUCGGAGGAGGCUGGAUUUAGUGACCCGAGCUUACUGGAAAACCUCCAAAGUAAUCACCCUACAGCUGCUGUCAUCCUGGAUUUCAUGACCAUGAUGGCCAUCUGUCACACGGCGGUCCCCGAGCGCAUAGAAGGAAAAAUCACCUACCAGGCUGCAUCUCCAGACGAAAGUGCCCUGGUGAGAGCGGCGCAAAACCUCGGCUUUGUGUUUUCUGGUAGAACCCCAGACACCGUCAUUAUGGAAAUGCUCGGAACUGAGGAGAAGUACGAGCUGCUCCACGUGCUGGAGUUUACAAGCACGAGGAAGAGGAUGUCAGUCAUCAUGCGCACCCCAUCCGGGAAGAUCCGCCUCUACUGCAAAGGAGCUGACACCGUGGUCUAUGACCGACUGGCAGACAGCUCCAGGUACAAAGAGAUCACACUGAAGCAUCUGGAACAGUUUGCCACAGAGGGCUUGCGCACCCUGUGCUUUGCGGUGGCGGACGUCAGUGAGUCGUCCUAUCAGCAGUGGCUGGAGAUCUACCACAGAGCCUGCACCUCCCUGCAGAACCGAUCCCUCAAACUUGAAGAGAGCUACGAACUGAUAGAGAAGAACCUGCAGCUCCUGGGGGCCACAGCGAUUGAGGACAAGCUCCAGGAUAAGGUGCCCGAGACCAUAGAGACACUGAUGAAGGCUGACAUCAAGAUCUGGAUCCUGACUGGGGACAAACAGGAAACAGCCAUCAAUAUUGGACAUUCCUGCAAGCUACUGACUAAGAAUAUGGGGAUGCUUGUGAUCAAUGAAGACACGCUUGAUGGAACAAGGGAACUACUCAGCCACCACUGUGGAAUGCUGGGAGAUGCCCUCUAUAAGGAAAACGACUUUGCUCUCAUUAUUGAUGGGAAGACUCUCAAAUACGCCCUCACGUUCGGAGUGCGACAGUACUUCCUGGACCUCGCCCUCUCCUGUAAAGCUGUCAUAUGCUGCAGAGUUUCUCCUCUCCAGAAGUCAGAGGUGGUGGAGAUGGUCAAGAAACAGGUGAAGGUGAUCACGCUGGCCAUCGGUGACGGUGCCAACGACGUGGGAAUGAUCCAGACAGCUCAUGUCGGCGUCGGAAUCUCGGGCAACGAGGGUCUGCAGGCGGCAAACUCCUCCGACUACUCUAUUGCCCAGUUCAAAUACUUGAAGAAUCUGCUGCUCGUCCACGGAGCUUGGAAUUACAACCGUGUGGCCAAGUGUAUCCUGUACUGCUUCUACAAGAAUAUCGUCCUCUAUAUCAUUGAGAUCUGGUUCGCGUUUGUCAAUGGCUUCUCGGGUCAGAUUCUCUUCGAGCGCUGGUGCAUCGGCUUGUACAAUGUGCUCUUCACUGCUCUGCCUCCUCUCACUCUGGGAAUAUUUGAGCGCUCCUGCAGGAAAGAGAACAUGCUGAAAUACCCUGAACUCUACAAAACCUCCCAGAAUGCCAUGGGUUUUAAUACUAAGGUCUUCUGGGCCCAUUGUCUGAACGGCCUCUUCCACUCCGUCAUUCUCUUCUGGUUCCCCCUUAAAGCCUUCCAGCAUGAUACAGUUUUUGGCAACGGAAGAACUCCCGACUAUCUCCUCUUAGGCAACAUGGUUUACACAUUUGUGGUCAUCACAGUUUGUCUUAAAGCCGGCCUCGAGACCUCGUCCUGGACCAUGUUCAGUCACAUCGCCAUCUGGGGAAGCAUCGUCCUGUGGGUGGUGUUUUUCAUCAUCUACUCCUCCCUGUGGCCCCUCAUCCCUCUGGCUCCCGACAUGUCAGGCGAGGCGAGCAUGAUGUUCAGUUCGGGGGUCUUCUGGAUGGGCCUGGUCUUCAUCCCAAUCACCUCGCUGGCCUUCGACGUGGCCUACAAAGUGGUGAAGAAGGUGUAUUUCAAGACUCUGGUGGAUGAGGUGCAGGAGCUGGAGGCUUUAUCCAAAGACCCUGGUGCAGUGGUGCACGGAAAGAGUUUGACGGAGAGGGCCCAGCUCCUGAAGAACGUCUUCAAGAAGAGCACAGUCAGUCUGUACCGGUCCGAGUCCACGCAGCAGAACCUGCUCCAUGGCUACGCCUUCUCUCAAGACGAGAACGGAGUGGUGUCUCAGUCCGAGGUCAUCAGAGCGUACGACACCACCAAAGAGAGGACCAACGAGUGGUGAGCCGCCGGCCCUCUCGUUCCCGGCUGGCCAAUCCGGAGCCACGACGGCCAUUUUUAUAAUGGCGCCAAUUGGAGCGUAGCAGGGGGAGAAGCCGAGGUGCGAGCAUGUGCCCCCCCCCCCCCCCCCCCCCCCCCCCCCCCCCCCAGCAAUGGCGGGUGGGAUUUUUGGACAUGAAUGUGAAAAGGACGGUGGAAAGUGACAUUGUGUGAUCUCUGGAAAUGGGGGGACGAAAACAAAAAUACAAAACAAAAAACAAGGAACAAAACAAACCAUGUCCACUUUCAGCUGUAGUUGUGUGUCCAGCAGACAUGAUGAGCACUGUGCUUUUUCUUAGCCGUCUGUGGUCUGAAGGAAUCCUGUCUUUUGUUUUAACGGACGACAGCCACCGGCACCGAGCCACAAACCCUAGUAUUGAAUUGAAAUCAAACACCUAAACACUGUAAAAAAAAAAAAAUUAAAUGAGUUAAAACACUGGAAGAGGAUUCGUGUCAGAGGAUUUGAAGACAUUGCCAAAGAGCAGUCGUAUAUACAAUCUUCCAAGUACUAGUGAAUUCGGAAAACUUUAAACCAAAAGUAAUCACACUACUGAGUGUAUUCCAGCACCGAACGGACCACUUCAGAGCAGAUCUGUACUGAUUUCAUUUUCUUGUUGCACUCAAAGGAAGCAUCUCUUGUGUAAAGCCUUACAUUUGCUCACGCCUUCAGCGUCCUUUCUUUUAACAUAGAUGUGUUUUUAUUUUAAUUUUUUUUUUUUAUUCCAUUUUUAAAGUAUGUAGAUAUUGUGCCUGCUGUUGUUUAUGUUCACCUUUUACUUUUUUUUCAAGAAGUUGCCUCCUGCGACACACUGUAGUUCCUGCUUCCACCGUUUCUCCAGCAGAAGCAUUGCUCUUUGACGAAAUAACGGCAUUCCACACAUCACUCCUGUCUCAUCGAUCACGACGGUGCCUACGUAGAACCUUUCCCUCUUAGAACAAAACAAUAGCCAAGAGUAGUUUAACCAGCUGGAUUAGAACCAGUGCUACAGACACACACACACACACACACACACACACACACACACACACACACACACUGAAGACAAAUCACUGUCUCCCCCACCACAGUGUUGCACUCGAACAACGUGGACGACGGCAGUUCUGUGCCAUGUGGCACACGUGAAACUGAAAAGGUCGAUGACGGAGGAGAUGGUGUUUCCCUUAGAAUGGAGAUUUUAUCCUUAUAACAUAAGUGCCAUUAGCUUAAGGGAGAGAGAGAAGAAAUAUUAGCCAGGAAAAACUCCACGACAUUAUCAAAACUACUUUGUCUCUAUAGUUAUUUUGUGGAUUUGUAUUUUUAUAUUGGAGAUGUAUGAAUUUUGCAUUGACCGGCUUUGUAAUGACUCGUCUGUAACUUCUUCUUCUUCUUUUUUCUUUCUUCUGAUAAACUGGCAGGACACAAUAGGUCUAAUGGGAAGACUGAGCUUUUUCUUAAAUGUCUCGUUGUUGUUGAUAUUAAUAUUGUUAAUGCUUGAUUUAUUUAUGGUUGACUCCUUAACGUGUGUGCGAUUGCGUUCUUCUCCCUAUGGGAGAACGGAUUUCAAACGUGUGUGUGUGUGUGUGUGUGUGUGUGUGUGUGUGUGUGUGUGUGUGUGUGUGUGUGUGUGUGUGUGUGUGUGUGUGUGUGUGUGUGUGUGUGUGUGUGUGUGUGUGUGUGUGUGUGUGUGUGUGUGUGUGUGUGUGUGUGUCCUCUACAGAGGGAAGCUAAUAUGUAUGUAUUGCAUGUCUGUAUCCUCCAUGUGAGACCUUCUCCUGGUGUGUUUCUUUUGUUUGUGUGUGUGUAUGAGUGAGAGAGAGAGAGAGACGCUUGCUCCAGUUGUCCAUCUGCACGACUCCAGGUGUAGCUGAAGUUUACUAUUGUGCGCAAAUGCAUGGCCUGUAUGGGAAAGUGUCAGUGUGUGAGUGUGUGUGUAUGUGAGUGUUUGAGGGCAAUCUCUCGACUGAGAGUUUUUUGAUGCUCAGCUCUGCUUUGACUCGGAGAUGUUGUUGCACAACGCACUCAAUGUACCUUUUCCAGUCGUGGACAUCUGGUAUUAUCUGGUCUCUUGGGUGUACAUGGCUGUUAACUCGAUUUCUUCAUGCAGCGUAACUCUGCUUUACAGGAAAAAGCUCUUUUGUGUGUGUGCGUGUGUUUAUUCUCAGUUUUUUAGUGAGGGUUAAUGAUUCUGUUUCUCUCCGCUGGUCUUUAGUGUUGAAAAACUGUCAUCUCGUCGAAACUUUCCAAACCGCUUGAAUGUGGAUGUUGUCGUUGUGGAAAGCUUUUUGGACUGUUGCUUACUUUUUUUUUUUUGUUUUACCGGGAAACAUAAAAACACACGUUGUCGUCUGUGAAAGUCGUGGGCUGCAUGAAUGGAAAACACAAACUGUUCUCUGACGUGUUAACUGUACUACUUUGAUUCUUUCUCAAGUGUUGAUCACUUUACAAAAGAGGAAAAAAAAAUUGCACCUUUAAAAUGUUCUUUUCGAUAUUCUUUUUUCUUUUUCAGUUAUUUUGUUCAAUGAUUGUUCUGCAUGUUGGGACUGCAAACUUAUAAGUGUUGUCUUUUACUGCCAUGAAGGACUACUGAAAUAAACUUCACAACGAUGGAGGAACAA